AUGGCGACGGGGCUACCCAAGGGGCAACCUCAUACCAUAUGGUUGAGCACGGGUCAUGACUCUCAAGGACGGACCUUCUGGAAGACCCUGAUGGACGCCAAGUCAUUUCUUCCAGAUGAGCUCGAUUUCAUCGCUGCGGGUUUCUCAAUGAACUUGCACAACACGGUGCAAAACGGGGCCAUUUUGGUGACUGACAGGCUGGCAGACAGUGAUAUCGUCGCGCGGGUUGAAAGCGAUGGCGAUGUUCGGCAGCAGGUGCGCGCGCGCGCGGAGGACACCGCGACGAACGAGGAGGCGCGGGGUCACACGUUUGAAGCACCCCCUCCGCCAGGCGCCAUCCCUGCCAUCGACCAUGGCGAGGUCUCUCAGCCAUGGACACUGCCGGCCCACAUCUUCCAUGCUCGCCUCUCCCGCGCUCUAGCCUCUGUGAAGAUUGUAGCUAAUCUCGCCGACAUAGAUGCCGGUGGCCCAGCUGCAUUCAACGACGGAGCCAACGAUUUGGAUGCGCUCACAUUUGCGCUAGGACAAGACACGGAGACCGUCGUGGCGCCCGCCUUGCGCACGCUCGACGAGGUUGUCGAUCAGCCAGACGUCGACCGCCGCGAUCGCCUCGAAAACCCCGACCAGCACGAGGGCGUCGUCCGGCGCGGGGUCGAGCAGUCCGUCGUCCAUCAGUCCAUCGUCCGGGAUGACGUCGAGCAGCCCGCCGUCGUUGACCAGCACAUCGUCGUUGAGCAACCCAUAGAGCAGCCCGUCGUCGUCGAGCAGCCCGUCGUCGCCGUCGUCGUCGUCGACCAGUCCAUCGUCGUCGAGCAGCCCAUAGAGCAGCCCGUCGUCGUGAAGCAACCCGUCGUCGUCGAGCAGCCCGCCGUCGUUCAAGAGCAGCACAUCGUCGUCGAGAAACCCAUAGAGCAGCCCGCCGUCGUCAAGCAGCCCGUCGUUGUCGACCAGCCCGUCGUCGUCGAGCAGUCCAUCGUCGUCGAGCAGCCCAUAGAGCAGCCCGUCGUCGUCAAGCAGCCCGUCGUCGUCGACCAGCACAUAGAGCAGCCCGUCGUCGUCAAGCAGCCCGUCGUCGUCGACCAGCACAUCGUCGUCGAGCGACCCAUAGAGCAGCCCGUCGUCGUCGACCAGCCCGUCGUCGCCGUCGUCGUCAAGCAGCCCGUCGUGGUCGACCAGCCCAUUGUCGACCAGCCCGUCCUCGACCAGCAAGAGGUCGUCGAACAGGCCACCGGCAUAGAAGAAGCAGCACCUGAACCUCCGAGGCCACGAACUCCUCCCAUGAUGACUCGCAAGCGGCUUACAGGAGUAACGCCGAAGAAGUCAUGGCGCAAAAGGGGUGAUGAUCCCUUGCAAACCGUCAUCACCACUCGCCUCGUUUUUAAUCGCUACUACAUGGACGUUUCUGUGGAAGACAUCGCUCCUGUCGCGUCCAAAGACGGGCAACCAGACCCAGACAGCGGCCCUCAGACGCUGGACCGGCCCACGAUCCAGGAGCAGGAAAUGCAGAUGGACGAUCGCGAAGACGACGCCGACGGAGACGCGGUGGAGAAGGAGGAGGAAAUGGACGAUCAGGUGGCAGACGCCGCUGAGAGGGUGGGCGGCGGCCUGCCUGUGCCCACAUAUGAGGAUAUCCCGCUCCCCGCCGAGGUCCCUCUGGACAGCUAUGGCGGGAUCAGCACGCAUGUGAAGGAGGACAAGCUCAUGUACUGGGCCCCCAGAGCGCAGUGGAUCCCCGCCAACAUGUCGGAAGCAAGCAUACGCAUCGACCCCCUUACGCGCUCCAUCCUCGUUCGCGCCGGCGGUGACCUGGGCUCGUGUCAAGGACUUGGGGCUGAGCUGUCCGCCCAGGAUGCAGCGGAGUCCGGGCCCCCUCCCAAGCCUAUCGCAGACUUUCGCUGGCCGCCCAGGUCAGGUUCAAUACCCGUGUUCGUGUGGCCGAAGGACGAACGUCCCCGCCCGAUCGGGUACCACAUGCCGGAGCUGAAAGGCAAGAACUACCAGUUUGUCUUGGAUUUCCUGCAACAAGACGGUCUCGACCUGGGCGAAGGUUGGAUGCUGUGGAAUCCAAGCCGUUCAAAUUGGCAAAGAGGCGACCAAACCAGCCCUAUUCACGUGCGGUGUCGGAAGACGCUCUUGCUGCGCCAUGCGGAUAACGAACGCGCCCUAUAUGCCGGCGACUUCAUCCAUCGCCUUGAGGUCUAUGGCCACGUUGUCAUGGGAGAUAGUGAGCUUACCGCCUUGUCUGUUGGGGACGGUGCGGACGAAGAAGAGGGCGCGCGGAAGGUGCGAAAGCAGGCUUCGAACGACACGAAGUAUGGAGACGGAGAAAGACUUUGA